AUGGCCGAUACCUUGGGGUCAACUCCAAUGGAGGUUGUCGACGAGCAGGGCCCCGGCCUCUCAGAGCCAACGAACAAGGGCAGGAACCGGCACCGAGUGCUCUGUGGCAUUCAGAGAAUGUCUUCCUCACCAUCACUUCCUCGAAAUGGCCGUGCCAGAUCACAGAGUAACCCUCAGCGAGGGCGAGCGAGCAUCUCCUGCGUUAGCUUGGCAGGACCAUCAACAGCCGGAAGCUCUUUUGGGGGCGACUCUUACUUCCCCGCAGGAGCAACAGCAUCCGGAUACGCCAGCGCCUCGAGUUCUGUUCCGCCGACGCCGUCCAGCGAGAUCAUCCAAUUCGAAGGUAUCGACGGCCGCCUUGCUGUUCGGAGGGUCGACAAUGCCAUUUCUACAGCGCAGUCUCCCGGUCCCCAGUCGAUCGGCCUUCCCAGCGACCUGCGGACGACGAGCAAGAUGCAAGUCGCGAAUCCGGCGGUUCCCAAACGGGACUUUGACUUUUGGGAGAACAUGCCCCACGAAAUGCGUGUUCAAAUAUUUUCUUACCUCUCGCCAAAGGAGUUGGUGAGGACCUCUCGUGUAAGCAAGAUGUUCUACAAGAUCUGCUUCGACGGGCAGCUUUGGACUUGCUUCGACGCAACCGAAUUUUACCAGACGAUACCGGCCGAGUCUUUGGCAAGAAUUAUUGUCGCCGCGGGACCUUUCAUUAAAGACCUCAACUUGAGAGGCUGCGUGCAGGUUGAGCACUACAAGCGUGCCGAGGUGGUUGUCAAGGCUUGUAAGAACCUUGUCAAUGCCACUCUCGAGGGAUGCCGGAAUUUCCAACGAAACACCCUCCACAGCUUGUUGAGGACAAACGACAAGCUUGCAAAUCUUAAUUUGACGGGUUUGACUGCAGUCACCAACAUGUCCUGCAAAAUCAUCGCCGAGUCAUGCCCGCAGCUCGAGAUGUUCAACGUAUCAUGGUGUGUGCACAUGGAUGCCCGGGGAAUUAAGACCGUAUUGGAAGGUUGCCCAAAGUUGAAGGACCUGAGGGCUGGGGAAGUUCGAGGCUUCGACAACUUGGAGGUGGCCGAAACACUCUACAAUACCAACAGCCUGGAGCGGCUGGUGUUGAAUGGCUGCGCAGAGCUCAAUGACCGGGCACUCAAGAUCAUGAUUCACGGAGAAGAUCCCGAAAUCGAUAUUCUUACGGAUCGACCAGUCGUACCCCCGAGGAAAUGGCGUCACCUGGACCUCAGUAGAUGCGGUCGUCUCACAAACCAGGGAGUGAAGGCAUUGGGAUACAACAUUCCGGAUCUACAAGCCCUGCGACUAUCCGGUUGCACCGCCUUGACCGACGCAGCACUCGAGUCCAUCUUCGCAUCGACCCCGCGCCUCACCCACCUCGAAAUGGAAGAUCUUUCAGAUCUUACCAACAGCCUUCUUUCGGAGCAUUUGGCCAAGGCGCCGUGUGCACCGUGGCUGGAGCAUCUCUCGAUCAGCUAUUGCGAGAACCUCGGCGACAGCGGCGUACUGCCCAUCGUAAAGAACUGCACCAACCUGAGGAGCAUUGACCUGGACAACACCCGGAUCAGUGAUCUCGUUCUCGCUGAAGCGGCUUACAUGGUCAACAAUCGCUCCCAAUGCACCGCGAAGAAGCCGAAGCCCAAGGUCGGCCUUCACAUGGUGGUUUACGACUGUCAGAAUGUCACCUGGACUGGCAUUCGCGAGGUUCUCUUCCGCAACGCUCAGUCAAAGCCUUCUACGUCAGAACCCGGCAAACAUGCUUACUCCGGCGAGGCAAUCAGCCUCAAAUGCUUCUACAAGUUCCAGAUGACCGUUGAUGAGCACAUGAAGCGCGUGGUCCGGGGAGACCUCGCCGCGGCCAACCGCCUCGAGCGCCGCUGGGGCGAAUAUAUGCAGGCUACCGAGGAGGCUGGCACCACUGGCGCCGGACAUCGCCGUCGCAGACGCCGUGCCCGGGAAGCCCAGAUGCUCCAUGCCGACGAGGAAGACGGCGGCAACGGUGGUCGUCGCCGGGGCCGGACCGUCGGAUCCUGCACAGUUAUGUGA